UUUAUCAAUAGUUAAAAAUUUUACGUAAUGAAAAAGGGAAGAGGUGGGGCUAAAAAACUUGGCAUUAAGGUCAUCGACGAGGGUUCUUCGAGCAGUUCUGGACGCAUCAGCCAAGAACAUGCACGGCCCAGGAUUAAAACCGCUACAGAAAGAUCCAUUCUGUCCCCCCAUAAUUCUACAUCAAGUGUUUCAACAUCUAUAUCAAAUUCCUCGCUUUCGUCUUCUAUUUCGAGGUUUCGCAACGAUUUCGAAGAGCUUAAAUGUAAAAUGCGGAUAUUCGGCGAGUCGCUAAGCCUUUGCCGAUGCAUCGCGGACGAUUUCAAGAACAAGCUCACUUACAUGGAAAAGAGAUUGGAGAACUUGGAAAGAAGGCAGACGUUAUGGCGGAGCGAGAGUAACUACUCGGCAAUAAUCCAGAAGAAUAAGAGACUGUCCCACAAAACCCUGCAGGAGGCAAAGAAACUGCAAAUGUGUGGCACCGAGGAGGAGAUGAGGGAAGUGGCCGGCAGGAUCUGCAGGAACUACCUUCAUGGCGCCUGGAAGAGCGUCGACCCUUCGGACCUGGAGUUCAGAAGGAUUAGUGGCGGGUUAUCGAACUUCCUAUACUACGUGGCGCUGCCCGAGGACGCCAACAAGCUGGCCGGGUACUCGGUGCGCGACAGCUCGCCCGACACCGACCCUGAGACAGUAGCUACCAAGCUCAUGAAGAGGUCCGUCAUCAGGUCCAAUUCUUUCAGCAUCGAGGAACCUAAAAAGGUACUGCUACGUAUAUACGGUCAGGUGCAUGGCGAGCGCGCAAUGGACGCCAUAGUGACCGAGUCCGUGAUAUUCACGCUACUGUCCGAGAGGCGACUCGGGCCCAAACUGCACGGCGUGUUCUCCGGUGGAAGGAUUGAGGAGUACAUACCUGCCAGACCACUGCUUACCAAAGAGCUCUCUGAACCGGCAUUGUCCAUGAAGAUAGCUGAGAAAAUGGCUGCCAUCCACUCGAUGGACGUGCCGCUAUCCAAAGAACCGAAUUGGCUGUGGAAGACCAUGGGCAAAUGGCUGAAAACCGUCAAAGAGGAGAGGCUCACCGGCCACUCCACGGGCAAGAAUGACGAAGAACAGCGCGUCAUCAAGCAGCUGAAGGCUGUGGACUUCGACAAAGAAAUAGAAUGGCUCAAAAAGUUCAUCGCCACUGUUGAUUCUCCAGUAGUCUUCUGCCACAACGACAUGCAAGAAGGCAACAUCCUCCUCCUGGAAGACGUAUUGCCCCACCUCGACGAAGAGGUCUCCACCAUCUACGUGCAAGCGUACGACGUCGACACACCAAGGUCCAGCAAAGAGAACAAUCAUACGAAAAUGGCCCAAUAUUCGGGACCUCUGAUGACCUACGAAGACGCAAACACAUCAGACAGCGUGUCCAGCCACAUCUCAGACAGCGGGGAACCUAAACUAGUGCUCAUAGACUUCGAAUACUGCGCGUACAACUACAGAGGGUUCGAUAUUGCAAACCACUUCCAGGAGUGGGGAUAUGAUUACACGAAUCCGGAGCAUCCGUUUUACUUUGAGAAUCAGGAGAACUGUCCCACUUUGGAGCAGAAGGAAAUCUUCAUAAAGGAAUACCUGAAGCACUACAACUCGAACGUGUGCGACGACAAGGACGUCGGGCCCUCCAUCGACGACGUCAACCACCUGCUCUCGGAGGUGGAGGCGUUCGCGCUCGCCAGCCAUCUCUUCUGGAGUCUGUGGUCCAUCGUCAACGCGUCCAAGAGUCAGAUACCUUUCGGAUAUUGGGAGUACGCCCUCUCAAGGCUCGACACAUACUUAAGGCUCAAACACGAGAUGAUCAAAAAGGACAAAUAUGGCUUCCCACAGAAGAGGAAAAUAUGCGAAGUGGACAUAUGAAAUGCGACCCCUCAGGAGUAGACAACGUCGUCGGAUAGGGACGCGGAAUAGACCAAUAUAAGUGGAAGUGUCAUGUACGCAAGAAUCUGCAUAACUGGCUUGUUGUUAUAGCAUUUAUUAUUGUUUUCAAUGCUUUAAUAAGACAAAAUGUUGCUGGUCCUGUGGUGGCUAGCUAAUCGAAUACCACAGAUCACUCCCAUAGGCAUUAAUGGCACUUCCCUUGGGUUCUUAUUCCGUGUGCAGGGUGCGGACACCGAUAGACUGACGGUAUGAACUAUAUAUUCUAAAACAUGUGAUUAUUUUAGUUCGGUACGGCGCGGCACAGAAAUGUUUCAGUGGGUGGUCACGUGGUGUCAUGCAACAAUGGAAUAGUUGAUUUCUCGAUUCGACCUUUAUUAUGUUAAUUGAACGGAGCUUUUAUCGAUUGUAGCUUGGAAUAUCGUUAAUCGAUAUGUACUAAUAGACAAUCGAUAGUGCUUUUUUAUAUUUGGCAGUAACUUACUUUAGAAAACAACUUUUUUCAUGGCCUCAUUUACACAAAUGCAUUUAUUAAGUCGUAAUAUAAGGUUUAAUGUCGGGUGUAUUUUUUUCUAUUACAAUAUGACGUCACGUGGUCUCACUAUUUCUAUCGUGUCACAACCACCGCUUUACUAUCAAAAAAUAUUACAUAAUAAGUAUUUAAAUACCUAACUAUAACAAAUACAAUAAUAUUGUGUCCAUUACUGGAUACUAGACAUUUGUAAAAUAAAAUUUAAAAAAACAUUAAGACGGUACUAAAAUUGAUAUCCGGUCAAUUCCGACUAUGCAUUUCGCUUCCUUUUCCAAAGCGACAUUUUAUAAUAUAAAAAAUGUUUAUAAGAAUAUCACUUCGCCAGAUGCACGUGGAUCAAAUAAUUGUGAACUGGUUUUUAUACGUGUAAGAUUAUAUUUAAAUAUUUAUUAUAACUUACGUGUGGAAUGAGCUGUGUCGAUGAAUUUAAAAUUGACAAAUUCAAUUACACCCUUAUUGUGUUUUGAAAACUGGACGUUAUGUUAAAAAUCUAUCGAACAAAAUGACUGCACUAGGAACUAUAUCUAUCGUUAUACGUACAACUUCUAGAACUUUCUUUCUAGUAGGUGCUUUUAUUGCUUAGGGUAAACCUUGAGCAAUUGUAAUAGAUUUUAAAUUUUAUCGACACAUCCUAUAUUUCUUAUAUGAAAUGCUGGUAUGCUAUCAGUUUUAGUUUUAACUUUGGUCCCACCUUGGUACCACACGAUCAAUUGUGGAAAAUCUUCGGACCAAAGCUAAUGUUGCAAGUUCAAAUCAUAAACUACUUUAUGUAAUAUUGUUUGGUAUAAUUACUGAUUUCAUAACUUGUAUUAUAAUAUAAAUCCUCAAAUAUUUGAAUUUAUUAUAUUUUAAAGUCUACAAGAGUUUCGAAUAUAACUCGAAUAAUAUGGUUAUACUUAGGUCCAUUUUAGUCCUAUUUAUUAUUAUUUAUCAAUGGCUUAAAAUAUUAUUAUAAAAAUACUUGUGUUAAAUCAAUAAUUCAUACCAAAAUAUAAAUACGUAUCUUACUUUUGAGCUUGUAUGAAACCAAAAUAAGGGGAUAGCUGAAAUUGAUGUUUUUUUAACCAAAAAUAAUGAUUUUUGAUACACAUGCUUUUUUAUGUUUAGUUUGGAUUGUCGCUGUGCAAAAAUAGAUGUAGCUUAUGGGUCAUUUUUGACCCAAAAUGUUACAAAAGGGGCUGAAUGUACUUUCUUUUAAGGUGCGGUAAUAAUUAAGAAAUUGCGCGUAAACUGAGUGAGCAUUAGAUAUCUUUGGAUUUGCAUAAUCUGCUAUGGUUUUCUUUUGACUGCCAUUGUUACAAAUAUAUUUUUUUUAUGUUACAAUAUUUUUUAUAAACACGUAAUACAAAGUUCUCCCUUAGGUAUAGUCAGCCAUUUUGUCUGUUAUACCCACAUCUUCCCUUUCCAUACAUUUCGGAUAUCCAUAAUUGUUUUUGAAACAAAGUAAAUAUCAAAUAGUGUUUCAGUUUCUCACCAGCACUCAUUCUGACAACUUUUCCACGCUCAUUUGAAUGGCUUUGUACGUACUUAGUGUUCAUUAUUAGCUACUCUACUUACCUCCAGCCCUCCAAUUUAUCACAAAUAGUUUGUAUAUAAAUAAUCAUCUAUUAAAUAAAAAAAAAUCGAAUUAUCAUAUCCUAUAUGCUGCCGGCAUAUGAGCGAUGGUUAUGAUCCAAUUUCUAGUUCUACAAGGAUAUAUGAUUUGUUUCUUUCUGAACUGUACAAUUAACAAAUAAUAUAAAAGUGAAACAGUUAAAGUAAGAAACUACUUUUCUUUACGCUCUACGUGAUCCAGCGCUCAAGAUUUAUUGCCGGUAAUUAUCAAACAAUUUAGAAUAGAGACCGGGGUAAAUGCGCAAUUAAUUAAAUGUUGAUCAUAGGAUUACAAAGUAAAAUCUUAAAAACAUAAAACAUAGUAUCUGAGUAUUGAAUUUUUAAAGAAUCAUAUCUCUGAUGUGAUCCCAGAAUGUACUUCUGUUAUGGGGUAGUUCCACAUCGUAACGAAGCAUCUAAAAACUUAUUUGUAGUUGGAUGUUUAUAAAUGAUAAUACAUACCAUCAGGUGGGCUACUUGCCCGUUGGACACUAUUGACAGACGAUUUGAGUCAUUACGAUCUGAGCCUCAGAGUAAACCAAUCAAAAUGAAUCAUGUGUUUAAAAAAACCUUUAUUUUUAUUGGUCAAUUUAAGCGAUAGAUUGAAAAGUGCGAUCAGGUUCGUUUAUCGUUAGUAAUACUAUACGCAAGAACUAUUCGCUUUUCAUACAUUAUGCAUUUAAUUUUGACACCCGGUCUCUACUUACAUUCCACUGAUACAUGUUAAUAGUUUAGUACACGGGCUUCGAAUCCCACACUCCACAAUGCAAAUAUAACCGCUAAGCUAUGUUAUUUUAAUUUUAUAGCCAAGGUUCGCUACCUAGUCAUGAGUAUUGGGUAAAAUUAAUUUUGAGGUUAUGUCACUCGUAAGCGACAAUAAAUGUCAAAUUAAUAUUAAAAUCAUGUAAAGAUGUCAUUAGUAUUAUCCAGAUUUAUUGAAAUGUUUACAUUAGCUUAUUUUCUUAGUACAUAAUGUUUAUUAGAUACUGUAUUAUGAAUUAUACGUAUGAAGAGUUUAUUUGAAUUGUGACGCAUUUUUUAAAUGACAUCUAUAUGGCGGGUAGCGAAUGUGUAAAUAGCUCUUGACCUAUGUUGUGAUUAUAUAUACGCAGCUGUUAUGCGAUAGUGUAAUAAAAAUGGCGGCGAGGUUUGACAUAUACAUGUGUCAAUUUUUUCUAAACGUUAAUUGUGAUGCACCCCAUCUUUGAAAUAAUAGAUGUCAGUUUUUCUUUUAUAUGUGUUCAAACGACACAUAAAUGCCAUCUAUUGACAUAUAGUGACACAAAAUGCCCCGUAUAUGUGUCAAUACGUCGUCGCCAGUAAUAGUGAUUUAAUGUAAAUAGUCUCUAAGUACUUAUUUGUGAUACUGAUUCGUUUUAAUAUUGAAUAUUUAAUAUUUGUAUAUGAUGUAGUUAGGGUGGAAUUAAUAAAAAUAAAUUGUUUAGUUUGAGAA